CGCCGACAGCUGUUGCUACACGGACAUAUUUUGGUGUAACACACAACAUCCUUGUGCUCCUCCAAAGUUGUGAGUGUGCGACAUGUGGUUUUCCAGCCGAACCUCGUUCGUGUGUUUAAACCUGCUGAGAGUUGGGGAGAACAGACGAGUCUUCUAGCUGCACCAUGAGCGGCUCAAAGCCGGACAUCCUGUGGUCGCCGCACCACCCGGACCGCUACGUCAUCUGUGACUCCGAGCUGGGCCUGUACCGGAUCGGGCCUGUUUGCAGCGCCGAGACGAAGCCCGGCUCGCUGCCCCUGUCGGAGGAAACCGCCGCCACGCUGCUGGCCAUCAACUCCGACACCCCCUACAUGAAAUGUGUGGCCUGGUACCCCAAGCAGGAGCCCGAGUGUCUGCUGGCUGUGGGUCAAGCCAACGGCAGAGUCGUGCUCACCAGUUUGGGUCAGAGCCACAACGCCGCCUGCAAGGAGCUGGUGGGGAAGGAGUUCGUGCCCAAACACGCCCGUCAGUGCAACACUUUGGCCUGGAACCCGGUGGACAGCAACCUGCUGGCCGCGGGGCUGGACAAGCACCGGGCCGACUUCUCCGUCCUGAUCUGGGACAUCAGCAGUAAGUUUGCCGCGGAGACCGGCGUCGCUGCAGAGAAGAGCCGCCUCCCGCCGAUGGAUUUGGACUCUGGCACCACGGUGACCAAGCCCCUGUAUGAGAUCGGCCAGAACGACGCCUGCUUGUCGCUCUGCUGGCUGCUCCGGGACCCCAAGCUGCUGCUGGCGGGCAUGCACCGGAACCUGGCCAUAUUCGACCUCCGAAACACCAGCCAGAAGACCUUCGUCAACACCAAGGCCAUCCAGGGCGUGGCCGUUGACCCGCACUUCCACGACCGCGUGGCGUCCUUUUUUGAGGGCCAGGUAGCCAUUUGGGACCUGAGGAAGUUUGAAAAGCCGGUUCUCACGCUCACCGAGCAGCCCAAGCCGCUCACAAAGGUGGCUUGGUGUCCCACUCGCACCGGCCUGCUGGCCACCUUAACCCGGGACAGCAACAUCAUCCGCCUGUACGACAUGCAGCACACCCCCACGCCCAUCGGCGACGAGACGGAGCCCACCAUCAUCGAGCGUAGCGUCAAACCCGGAGAGAGCCAGAUCGGCAGCUUCGCCUGGCACCCCUCCUCCCAGAACCGCAUGGUGGUGGUCUCCGCCGCCAACCGCGCCAUGACCGACUUCACGGUGUUCGAGCGCAUCUCCCUGGCAUGGAGCUCCACCUCUUCGCUCAUGUGGGCGUGCGGGCGGCACCUGUACGACUGCAUGGAGGAGUCGGCGGAGGGGGCGGAGCGUGCCGCCGAGAAGGACAUCGCCACCAAGAUGAGGCAGCGGGCCCAGUCCAGGUACGGACACGACACGGUGCAGGUCUGGAGGAACCACCUGCUGGCCGGAGGCAACGACCCUCAGCUCAAGUCCUUGUGGUACGACCUGUUUUAUAUGAAGCAGAGCGCCGAAGACGCGGAGCUGAAACUGCCGGGAAACAAGCAGUCUCUCUAUUCUGGGAUCAAGAACAUCGUGAAGAGCAGCUCAGGCACAACGGAGAGCCGCAGGUGCUGGAUCGGCUCGGAGCGGCAGACCGAUGUGCCGCGGUACCACAGCGAGGAGCGCAGCCUGGCCCUGCGGCUCUGCGGCUGGGUGAGCCGCGGGUCCGACAUCGACGUGGAGACCUUCCUGCGCUCCCUGGAGCAGGAACAGGAGUGGGAGCGAGCCGCCGCCAUCGCUCUGUUCAACCUGGACAUCCGCCGGGCCAUCCAGAUCCUCAACAGGGGAGCCAUGACGGACAGAGGUGACCUGAACCUGAACGUGGUUGCCAUGGCUCUGUCGGGCUACACGGAUGAGAAGGCGUCCCUGUGGAGGGAGAUGUGCAGCUCCCUGAGGCUGCAGCUGAAGAACCCCUACCUCUGCAUCAUGUUUGCCUUCCUCACCAGCGAGCCCGGGGCCUACGAUGCCGUGCUGUACGAGAGCAGCAUUGCUGUGAGAGACAGAGUCGCCUUCGCCUGCAUGUUCCUCAGCGACGCUCAGCUUCCGCGAUACAUUGAGAAGCUGACCGCUGAGAUGAAGGACGCAGGAAACCUGGAGGGCCUUCUCCUUACGGGGUUGACUAAAGACGGGGUGGAUCUGAUGGAGAGCUAUGUGGACAUCACUGGAGACGUCCAGACUGCCAGCUUCUGCAUGUUGAAGGGUUCCCCAGGCGAGGUGUUAAAGGAUCCCAGAGUCCAGUGCUGGAUCGAAAACUACCGCAACCUGCUGGACGCCUGGAGGUUCUGGCACAAACGGGCCGAGUUUGACAUCCUCAGAGGAAAGCUGGACCCCAGCUCCAAGCCCCUCGCACAGGUGUUCGUGAGCUGCAACUUCUGCGGGAAGUCCAUCUCCUACAGCUGCUCCGCCUUGCCCCAUCAAGGCCGGGGCUUCAGCCAGUACGGGGUCAGCGGCUCGCCCACCAAGUCCAAAGUCACCAGCUGCCCCGGGUGCAGGAAACCUCUGCCCCGCUGCGCCCUCUGCCUCAUGAACAUGGGCACGCCGGUUUCCAACUGUCCAGGAGCCGGAAAGUCAGAAGAGAAAGCAGAUUUGACGAGGGAGAACAAACUCGCCAAGUUCAACAACUGGUUCACCUGGUGUCACAACUGUCGGCACGGUGGCCACGCCGGCCACAUGCUCAGCUGGUUCAGAGACCACACAGAGUGCCCGGUGUCGGCCUGCACCUGCAAAUGCAUGCAGCUGGACACCACGGGGAACCUGGUGCCUUCAGACAGCAGCUGAUGGAGGCCGAGCACCAGCCCGGAGCCAGGGGGCAGCUGCCCUCACCGCUGCCCCCCCUGCCGCUGCCGCCGCUGCUGCCACACCGACAGCUGAGCGUCAGCAGAGUCCUCCUCUGGAAGUGAAUGGAGAUGCUGCUCAGUAAUAAUCUAAUGAAUGUCAUGAAGUAAGAGUGGAGGAGGAGGAGGAGGAGGAGAGGGCCACUAACCGAAUUAAAGGCAGAAAGGGAGCAAAUCUUAACUCGCUGCUCUACUAAUCAAAGUCACUCAGGACAAAUGUGAGGCUCUGCUGUGUAAUCAGCCUCCGAAUCAGGAAUCUGGGUUUGUAGUCAUCAAGCGUUCACCUGCGUGUGUCGUAGAGGUGUGAUUUACAGGUGCCAAUGUGUGAAAAUGUGUCGGUUGUGUUUUAAAUGCUAUUUAAUGUUUGAGAAGAUCACAUACCUCACGAAAGCCUCGUCAGAAAUGACCGUCUGUUCUGGCUCCCAAAGGGGCGAGGAGCUUUCUCUUUUUUUUUUUUCUGCUUUUGGGGGGGGAGAGGAUGAGGAAUUAGAGAAGCUCUGGGUCGGUGGGGAGGAAGAGGAGGAGAGUGGGAGGGCGGGCCUGUGGUCCAUGAAAGACGCUGCCCAGAAAACAGCAGCUGCUCGGCACCCCGACAAGACCCUCCAGAUUGUUUCCUUCAGAAAGGAGCUCAGCUGCCGGAACAGACUAGGAGAGGGGGGUCAGAAAGCCCCCCCCCUGCACAUUUACAGACUGGCCUCCUCUUUCUUUGCUCCGUGUCGAUGCCCAAACGGCCCCCGAGAGCCGUGCUUACCGCGCUUAAACGCCGGGACGGGCACCGUCUGUGUAAACCACACUGAAAAUGAGAAUUCUUUAGCGGGGGCUGCAUUGUAAAUGAGGGCUGGCCCCCACCAGAAACGGCUAAAUCACUUAGUCAUGGAGCAGGGGAGGUGGGAGACCAGGGGGGGUGGGGGGAGCAGCACCUACUGUAUGCAGCAUUCACCAGGGAGGUUUUAUGGACCCGUUUGUGAAGCAUUUUUGACAAAAGAGGGGAGCUGUGUGGCGUCCUAAAAGAGGGGUGGCAAAGAAAUGUCAUCCUUUUAGUUUAUCCUGUGUGUUUGCCUUUUAAAUAAAUCCAUACUGACAAAUUGGGGAGCUA